AUGCUGUUCUGGCCGGGAGUGCUGCUAUGGCAGGUCUUGCUACUCGGCACCUGGGUUGAAGCCGACCCAGACACGCCGCAGCGGAGGGGCUACCAGUAUCUGAACACGACCUUCGUUUCGGAGAGGCCUGACCCAACCAAGUCCGAUGUGAUUUCAUCGGAUCCGCUAUCACCAUCUAUUUACCCAAGUUUGUCGAGUACCGACUCGGGCAUUAUACACAAAUAUCCCAACAGCCCCGCACCAAUUUCCACAUCUGCGACGAACACGUCGUCGACCGCAAGAAACAGAACAGAUCCGUAUCCAUAUCCGACGGCGCCACGGUCAUCUUCAUUGACCUCUGCUAGCACCGGGCUCAACUUGACCUCUUCGGUUCCCCGUACCUCGGAUGCGCAGGGCAACCACGCUUCCUCUACAGCGAAGCCCACGUAUUGCACGCCUCUGGCACCAGGAGAAGCAGAAACAUCGUACUCCUUUGUUCCUAACACCACAACGAUUACUUUUACCUUAACGGUGACCGUCCAAAACAAUAAGACAACGUACUUGAAUUCGCCUCCGUCUCCAGUUCCCGAGUUUACACCUCCAACAUACUGCAAGGGUGCGGCAAACGAGGUCACACAGCUUCCUGAUCAGGACUCGGUUCCUAAGCAGGACUCGGUUCCGAAAGAGGACUCGGUUCCGAAAGAGGACUCGCUGGUGGGUCCAAUCACUGUAGUUGUAUCGCCCGAGCGAGCGGUAAUUGGAAAUCAAAUUGUGCCUAUUGGAAGCUCGCCAGUGACUAUCAGGGAAGGAGAUUCUGUGUUUACCGUCAGUCCUAAUCAAGUGGAGGGACCUCUGGUCAAGAUCUUUGUCCCAAAAAAGGAAGAUAUGGUUCCGAAGACGACCCCCCUCACGCCAACGACCGUUCAGGGAGUUCCGAUCCAGCUUGGCCCGUCUCGAGUGGUUAUUGGCAGUGCAACGCUACCCCUCAAACCUGGAGCUAGACCGACAAAGGUCAUAGUUGGAACGCAGACUAUUAUUGUAGGGCCUGCGGGGAUAGGGUUCUUGCCGAGAAAAGGCUUUGGUGGCACAACCAUCACCCCCCCGCCGAGUAUUCCUACGAAUGUAGUAGUCAUCGGGGCAGAAGGCUUCUCAGCGAUUGGAAGUACGUUGGUCGCUCUCGGGGACCGAACGAUCACCUACGGCCCUGGAAUCCCAUCUCAGAUGGUUGUCUAUAACGGAGAAGUCAUCACCAUAAGGCCGGAUGGCGUAGUAUUUGACGGCAAGACGAUUGGAGGGCCAUUACACCCUAUAGGAACACAGUACGCCCAUGCUGGCGGGAUAUCGAUCACUGAAAUCGGGUCAACCUUGGCAGUCAUCAACGGCAAGACGCUCACAAUCGGACAAGGAGCAGCUUUGUUAACGACUGUAAUCGGAGGUCAAAUCUUCACCGUCGCACCCCAGGGUAUAGGCAUAGGCGGCCAUAUCCUUCAAUUCCCCUUCAACCCCGUCACAAAAGCCGUCACUGCGGGAGGAAUCACUUUCACACAAGUUGGAGAUUCCAUUGCUGUAAUAGGUAGCAAGACGUUCACCUUUGGCCCUAAAGCUACUCCAGCUAUUGUCAGUUACAACGGACAGCUUAUUAACAUUGGACCGGGAGGGAUUGGAUUUACUGGCACAACGAUCCUUGGGCCAAAACCCACCACGACCGGAAUUGGGUCGCUUACGACGACAUCAACGCCAUAUAGGAUUGGACCAACACCGACAGCGAGUACAGGGGAUGAUAAAGAGAACAACGCUGGGAAAACAGUACCUGUGUUUGGCUUGCUCGGGAAGUAUCACCGUUCAAAUCAUACCCAUGUUGGUGACCACGCUAAACCAGAUCAAGCGCAUGUCCACUUUUUUCACGACGAAGCAUCUUCCCCCGUCACCGCGAUCAGAGAAGUCUCCCUUUCUGUCUCCACCGACCACACACAACGUCUCGCAGCCACCGCAACCCAUUUCCAAAAUUCAAACUCAAUCACAGACUGUCCCAGAAACACCUGGCUCAGUCAAUUUGCUCAACCCGAGUCCUCCCCACCCAUUUAUAUGCAGCCAGACCCUACAGAACCUUCACCAUAUACCCCAACAUUUCACGCCUCCGAGUCAACCUCCAUCUCCCAAUAUGGCAUCCACCAUCUACCUGAGCCUCCCGCAGUCCUGGGCGACUCGCGCGAUGUCCAUGCGUUAUCCUCGAGUUCCGGCGGCGCCGUUGAGGACGCGGGUGUGCAGGAGCAGUUGCGAAGAUUGAGCGUGUCGGCGCAGGAUGAGAACCGUCCGAAAGCUUCCUUCCAGCAGAUUUCAGAGUAUGAGAAUGCCUUGUCGCCUUCGCCUGCGAGGAAAGAGAACGAGGGGCCUGUGUUUAAGAUCGUGAAGAAGAAGGGCAACAAGGCUGAUAGUAUACUGCUUGAGAACUUCCCUAAUGAGGUCCUCACCCACAUUCUGUCCCAUCUUCCAGCGAACUCGCUCUCUGCCGUCUCACUUGUCUCCCGCACUUUCUACAAUCUCGUUACUACCCCCCACGCGUGGCGGACAGCCUUUGCCCGUUUCUUCCCCGGACAAGAUGCACUCGUUGCCCCACCCGUCACAAGUCGCCGCGGCUCCGACCUCGAAACCCGUGAACAGCUACGCUCAGAAACCCGCCUCUUCACUCGCCUGACAGCCCUCGCCUCCUGGCGUAGCGAAUACAUCCUCCGCACUCGUCUGCUCCGAAGUCUCGGCCGAGGAAAGCCAGCACAAAUUGCUCCAGGCCACGGUAAUUCAUCACGAUCGAACAGUGCAGCGAAUAAUUCAAAUGCUGUGGUAACAUAUAGCUCUCAGUUGUUUGCUACUGUCAACCAUAUUCAUGCUGUGUUUGGGAGCGGCAAGAAGAGCCCACGGUUCAUUCAUGGGACUGAUGAGACCGGUUCAGCAUGCACGAGUGAUCCCAACAUUGGCAGGAUUGACAACUGGGGGAUUUCGGAUCCGCAAGCGUUACCACAGUUCUCCGAGCUGUUUGUUGGGGAUCAGCCCUAUGGAGAUGGAGAUGGACCCGCCGGACUGCCAAAUUCGAUGGAUGUCAGCCAGCCCUUUGGUAUGGUCUACGGAGAGGGGUUUCCCGGUGGACAGGCCUACUUUCGUUCAUCGGACGAAAUGCGAGGUCGAUUCCUCGGCCAGUUAAGUGAGAUGGCGAUCCCAGAUGCUGGUAUUCCCGGCGUUCCAAGCCUCACAGAAGGCAUUUCUGCGGUCUGGAUUGCGAAGUCUACAUUUGUUCCUCUCAUGACUGAUGGCUUGGUUGGUAUCUUGACUGGGUCAACAUUGGGCGUUGUUACUGCCUACUCUCUAGGCGCUGAUACCCCAUCCGGACGACGCAUUCCAAGAGGCAAAAUUACUGCGAAAUGGGUUCUGAGUCCAGGUGUUCCAAUCAUUGGCAUCAAAGUAGACGAGUCUUAUAACUCUAAGCGCAAAGCAUUCGGACGUAUUUGGGCAGUUGCUCUGAAUGCGCUUGGCGAGGUGUUCUAUAUUACCGAAACUCCCAUAUCUGGUUUGACCGAUGGUAAGGUUGCAGACAGCGACCCUGGUCGGCAUGCCUGGAUCACUGGUCGGACUGCCUACUGGAACCUCGCUGAGCCUUCUCGUCGUAUUGCUCGUGAAGACCCUUAUCGUGAAGCCGAGAUUCAUGGAAGCUACUCGCCAAGAUCAUCUUCAAAGAAUCAACGCUUGUCCAAGGCACAGAUAGUUGCCGAGACAAACGAAAUCGAGAAGUUCAUGGCUUAUCGCCCAGUCCACUUCCGUAAGCUUUGUGAGGGCUGGGAUAUGCGUCGGAUACUCGAAGUUGACUUCGCAGGUGAUGAUGGUCACGGGGCUGGAGAAGGCAUUUUCAUCAUAAAACGUGGACUUGUCGAGGGCGAAGAGGCCGAGGUCCGCAGGCUCACUAGAUGGAAGUCGGAGCAAGCUUCUCUUGAUGAGUAUCCUUUGCCAAGGACACCUCCAAUGGCUUCAAGAACCGCCACCAUGGCUUCAUUGUUUGGUGGCGGAACCGUGAUCAGCCCUCCUCGAGCCUCGUCCCCUGAGCGCUCCCAGCGAGCUUCCAUAUUCGGUGGUGGCAGCAUCAUCAAUCCAGCUAGGAUGUCAUCUCCGGAACCAAACACCCAAGGCGGCCCAGCCAAGGCGUCUUCAUCUGCUAUGGUUGAAGAAUGGCGAUGCUCGGACUUGUCCUUGAAAGAGCAUCCGAACAUCGAGAUCACGACGAGCGGGAUCGAUAUGUCUACGUUUGCAUUGCUGACUGUUCAGGAAGACCCGUUGUGCACUGUCGAUGGGACUUCUAACCUCUCAUCUCCUUUCGCUACUCCCUCAGAUGCAGGUACUCCUUCUUCGACUAAUAUUCCGGGCCACAGAGCUCGAUUUCUAGCAGUUGGAACAAAGAAUGGCAGUGUCAUAAUGUGGAAUAUGCGUGGUCCUCAGUCUACUAACCCCGGCCUCACCAACGAGCUGCACCCAUUGCGCACAAUCUACACUGACUCGCCUCAAAUAUCCUGCCUUGCAGUGUCUGCUCUGUAUCUCAUCCACGGUGGUAACGAUGGCCUGGUCCAGACUUGGGAUCCACUAGCGUCAUCGCCCCAACCUCUUCGAACACUCAAUUCACGAUUCUCAUCUCGUGCUCGUCGCCGGCUAGUCCAAGCUGAGGCGUCGGCCUUGGGCGUCGGUAUCAAUCUCUAUGCUGCUGGAGCUAUCGCGAUCGAUCCAGACCCAACCGUUCUUCGCGGCAUGGUGUCGCUAGGUACCCAUCUUCGUUAUUGGUCCUACAGCUCCUCCGCAGCAGACCAAUAUCAGAGUAAAAAACGUCGCCUCCGUCGCUCGAACGAGCGCGGUAGCAAUAGUACCUCAGACCGCUUUAGCAGCACCGGCCGCGGUGCUCUUAUGGACUAUAUUACUACCGAGCAAGACGAAUUGAAGAUAGAGAAGCUCCGUCGCUCCCGCGAAGAAGCCCGUCUCCAAGCUCGCUUUGGCGUUGGUCUCGGCGGCUUGUCAGAAGACGAGGCACUGAAGUAUGCAGAAAUGGUCUCAGCAGAAGCUUUCCAGAAGGAAGAGGAAGAGCGCCGAUACAACGAGUCCAGAUCUCUAGAUGAAUUUGACGAGAGCUCUACCUCGCAAUCGUUUGCACGGAGCAGUAGCGAAACUGUGACACCUGAAGGCAGCAUUGUGGGGCGCGCUGGUCUGUCCUCGCCUCCAAAGUACCAGCCGAAGACCGAUGAUGAAUACGAAAACGACCUCGAGGAAGCAAUUCGCCUCUCUCUGCUCGAUGGCGUCGACGAAGGUGGGCGGUCCCCUAGAGAAUAUGGUGCGGGCGGAUAUGAGGUUCCAAUUACAUACAAGCAGUUUAAGAAAAGCAGACGCUCUGCUUCUAGUUCGCCGUCGACGUCCCAGAAACCGCGGAGUAGGAAGAAUGGCAGUGGACAAGAAAUUGAGGUUGAUGAUCUGAAUUUCGCACUCCAGUUGAGUCUGGCUGAGGAGAGGAGCAGGUUGGAAAGUGCUGCUGUGAAGGGCGGACAGGCUGACCUGUUCCCAGCGCUGGAGCAGGUGGCGGUCAAGGCGAAGGGGAAGGGCCGCGCCGUUUGA